GUUUAUGGGUGGUACGACUCAAAAACACCCAUUCUCGUCAUCAGAGACCUGGACAUGGUUAAAGACAUAUUCGUUAAGCACUUCAACUCCUUCACAGACCGCCACAUACUUUUUCCAAACCACCGAGCCACCAUUCCGUGACAACCUACCGAACUCACAGGGUGACCACUGGAUGCACGUGCGUGGCGUGGUCAGCCCCACGUUCAGUUCAGGCAGGAUCAGGAAGAUGUCGUCGCACAUUGAGAGGAACGCAACGAUCAUGCUAGACAACUUAAAACUCAAGCAGGAAAGAGGGGAAGAUAUGGAACUAAGGGACAUCUGCGCCUGCUUUACCCUUGAUGUCAUCGCCAGUACAGGAUUCGGUUUGGAGGUAAAUACUCUCAAAGAUCCCGGAAACAGAUUUUCAACUGAAGCCAAAAAGGAUGUCAAUCCAAAUCCAUUAUUAUUCACCUGGACGGUAUUUUUACCAGAGCUAGCCCAAGUGUUAUCUAAAUUUUGGCUGAACGUCCUGCUGCAGAAGUCGAUGGAGUAUUUUGCUAAUGUCGUAGACGUGGCGAUUGAGUACCGGAAACGGGAAGGUCCCAGUGGAAAAAUCAAUGACUUUCUAGAUCUCGUCAUAAAUGCGGAGGUAGAGAACGCUGCGAUCGAUGGUGGACAUGGUGGAGGUGAAAAUGAAUUGACGAGAUCCGAAAUCGACGUAAGCUUAUUAAGUUUGGCUUCAAUAAUAGUUCCACAAUAUGUUAAAAUACUUUGAAAAUUGAUAAAUGCAUUUUAAUUAAAACAAAAAUAAGCAAGUAUUAUCUUUAAAAGCAUAAACUGCAGCAGAGCUUUAGAUAUACAUUUGUUUUUUUAUAAAUAGUCUGAUUUAGACUUGUUGAGAAAGAAUUCGAAAUCGCAUGUAUCAACAUUAUAAAUAAUAUUGAAUUUAAGAUGGUAGCUAGGCUUCAAAUUGUUAUAUAUGAUGGUCACAUUUCUUAGAAACAAUUCACAAACAAGUAUGCUAAAAGGGCAUAGACAUAUUAAUUUAUUAAUAAAAAACAAAAACAAAAACAAUGUAUUUGAUCUUUAAAUGUCAAUUAUCGGGAUAUACAAUAAAAGACAUGACAUCAAAUUUAUGUUCAACUUCUUUCUAGUACUAACCUCUAUUUUCAAAUGUUAUAUAAUAAACUGUUUGACUUAUUUGAAAUACGCAGGCCCAGGCUAUAUCGUCUUAAUAUUUGCUGGCUACCACACUGGGGCUAUAGUUCUUUCCUUUACUCUCUUCCUCCUGGCGAACCACCCAGAAUGUUGUUAGAAAAUUCAAGGUGAGAUCGACGACAAAUGUAAAAACGCUUUCCCUAAUUACGACAACGUCCAGGGUCUGAGUUACCACGAGAUGUGCCUCAACGAGGCGAUGAGGAUGUUUCCGCUGGGGAAUUUCAUUACCAGGAAACGUGUCCAGGACACCAAGGUCCAAGGUAUCCCAAUGCCAAAGGCAUGGCGGUUCUAGUGCCUGUCUACGCCAUCCACAACGACCCUGAGCUCUUUCAAGAACCGACAAAGUUUGACCCUGAACGGUUUUCCCCCGAGAAAAAAAGCAUCACGGCACCCAUUCGCCCAUCUUGCUUUCGGACAAGGCCCUAGGAACUGCAUUGGAAUGAGACUCGGUAUGGUGGAGCUGAAGAUAGCUGUGGCAGCAAUCUUACAGAAGCUGACCCCCGUACCGUGCAGCAAGACGAUGUAUCCAGUUAAUCUGAACAAGAUUCAGGUUAAAGCUAAUGAUGGAUUGUGGGUUAAAUUUGAA